AUGAAGUCUACAAGAUUACAAAAAAAGAUCAAUCAGAGGCGCACACUAGGACUCAAGGACGCUGAACGGAGCAGCUGUGCCCUGUGCAUCGUGGUGUUCAAAAAGCUUCUCCCCAUCACGUUGCUCACCAAGAGGGAGUUCCUCGCCGCGUGGUGGCAAAUGGCCAUCGCGCCCUCUGAAAAAAGGGGUGCACGCCACUGCAACGCGUUCUCAAAGACUACGAUUUAUCGUCGUUUCAACGAGACAGUCCUAGCGGCCUCGAGCGCACAGGAGCAGGUACCAUUCACGGCGGUAAACCUUCCCUCGCCAGAAGUCAUGGCAGGCAAGGUCGAGCAUGCGUAUGCGUAUGAUGCUGAAUCGUUCAUCUUGGUCCUCACCUGGAACAAAAGACCCACUUCUGAAACGUGUGGAUUGCGGUCAGAAGAGAAGGUGAACAUGAAUGUGCCAACAAAGAGUGAACAACUGUCGGUCGUAUUCACAACGGUAUAUGGACUUGCUCAAGGCAUGAGAGAAGAGCAAAUGCCUUUGGAUCUACACUGGAAGUGA